ACCGUGGAGUUUCAAAUUCCAAAUUCAAACUUCCAACGAAACCAUUGAUGACGGCUCUAGAACUUUCCCUUUCCCAAUCAAUUCCAAUACCAAAAACAGCGAAUUAUUUCCACCGUCGGAUUCUCGGGGAUUCAUCACUUCCGAUAAUUUCUUCACGGUGCUCCGCUGUUUAAUACCCACCCCCAUUCAAUUCCAUCGCCUUCCUUCAUAAUUACAAUUCCAAUUCCAAUUCCAAUUCCAAUCCCCAAAAUUUCCUAACCCAACCCUUCUUCCUAUUCCACUCUCCCCUUCGCCAAAAUGUCUGAGCCUCAGAUCGCCGCCUUGCCGUCCACCGAACAGGAUUCUACCUCCCCCACGACGGAUUCCCAAGCUGGAGAUCUGCCUAAGGAGUCAACCAAAUCACCCAAGUCUUUUAACACCUCGUUCAGUAUUUGGCCGCCUUCACAACGCACCCGUGACGCCGUCAUCAAACGCCUGAUCGAGACGCUCUCGAACCCCUCUGUUCUCUCCAAGCGCUACGGCACUGUACCCCAAGACGAGGCCUCCGAAGCAGCUCGUCUUAUAGAGGAAGAAGCCUAUUCUUUUGCCGCAGGUAAAGCCACUGCUGACGACGACGGGAUCGAGAUCCUUCAACUAUAUUCUAGGGAGAUCAGCAAGCGCACGCUCGAGACUGUCAAGGCCAGAGCUGCCUCCGAUUCUACUACUGAAAACGGUUCGUCUCCUCCUGUUGUAUCGACCACCACUAACGCGGAAACCCCAUCUGUUGAAGAAUCCUAAUUCGUCUAGGACUUUGUUCUCGUAGAAUGUGAAUUAGGUUUUCAGAAUGCUUCUGAGGGUUUCUUUUACGGAUGUAUGUUUGUAUUGCUUAUGAAUUUCUGAUGCUUACAUGAGAAUCAUUACCUUUUAAUUUGAAUAUCUAGAUCCUCCGCCCCCUUAUCCGACUCGUUUUGUGCUUUUCUAUUUGAUUUAUGUUUUCUUACAAUCUAAAAUCGUGUUUUCCUUGAA